AUGUCAGAUUUGCAUGGUGGCCCUGAGGUGUUGAAAUGGGAAGAUGUGGAAGUAGGGGAGCCAAAGGAGGGCGAGAUUCGAGUGAAGAAUGAGGCCAUCGGGAUUAAUUUCAUUGAUGUGUACUACCGCAAAGGCCUUUAUAAGGCUGCUACGCUUCCCUACACCCCAGGUGUCGAGGCUUGUGGAGUCGUGACAGCUGUGGGACCAGGUCUAACAGGCAGGCAAGUUGGAGAUCUUGUAGCCUAUGCUGGUCAGCAAAUGGGCUCAUAUGCGGAAGAGCAGAUCCUUCCUGCAAACAGAGCUGUGCCUGUUCCUCCUUCCAUUGAUCCUAAAGUUGCAGCCUCCCUCAUGCUUAAGGGUACGACAGCUCAGUUUCUACUACGCCGCUGUUUCAAGGUCGAACCUGGACACACAGUCCUUGUUCAUGCAGCAGCUGGUGGAGUUGGAUCCCUUUUAUGCCAGUGGGCUAAUGCCCUUGGUGCGACUGUCAUUGGGACUGUAUCAACUAAAGAAAAGGCAGCUCAGGCCAAGGAGGAUGGAUGCCACCAUGUCAUAAUAUACAAGGAAGAGGACUUUGUCACUCGUGUGAAAGAAAUAACAUCCAACAAUGGGGUUGAAGUUGUCUACGAUUCUGUAGGGAAGGAUACGUUUGAGGGAUCCCUGGAAGUCUUAAAACUUCGGGGAUACAUGGUGAGUUUUGGGCAGUCAUCAGGUGCGCCUGAUCCAGUUCCGUUAUCAGCUAUUGCAGCGAAAUCACUUUUCUUGACUCGGCCUAGCCUCUUUCAUUACGCUGUAACUCGAGAGGAAUUGUUAGAGGCUGCAGGAGAGGUAUUUGCUAAUGUUGCAUCGGGUAUAUUGCGGGUUCGAGUGAAUCACACCUACUCAUUAUCUGAAGCAGCACGGGCACACGCAGACCUUGAGAACAGGAAAACAUCUGGCUCUAUUGUUCUUAUACCCUAGGUCGGAAGCGAACAUAUACGAGUUGAUUUGUUCAUUUCAAAAGCUUUGCGGUAUGUGUGAAGAAAAUUACGAAUAAGGAACGGAACAUCGCCUUCCGGUUCUGAAACUUCUUGUACCUGUUGUGCUCAAGAGACAUGCGAUGUAAUGAACCUCGAUUAAUUUCCAUCGACAUAAAAAGGGGUGAUUUGUAUGAACAAAACUUAGAACUUUACGAAUUGAGAACAAUAUUUUUUUC